AUGAAACGGCUGUACCGUAUUUCUCAUGCAGCCGCCCUGCUGCUCAUCCUUUUGGGCCUCCUUGCCAAUGGCCUCUCGACGCGUGGCGUUCAGACCAUCAGAAGUACUUUCAAGACUAGGAGUCGCCUUAUUCUCCUCCCAAAUAACUCCUUCGGCGGAAGGUGCCUCGACGGAAGCCCCCCAGGGUACUACUUUCGGCCGGGGACGGGCUCGGGGCGGCUGAGGUGGCACAUUCACCUGCUGGGGGGCGGGUGGUGUGCGUCGGAAGGGGAAUGCGUGAAUCGAACGCUCACCAGCGUUGGCUCGUCCAAGUACUGGGCCGCUGAUCCCGGGUUUCCCAAGGGAAAGCAGUACGCGCCGAAGAUGCGCGGAAUACUGUCGGAGAGGAGGCGCAGCAACCCCGCUUUCCACUCGUGGAACCUCGUCGUGAUGCUCUACUGCGAUGGCGGCGGGUACAUGAGCAUACGCGGCCCUGUGCGCGUGCACGUGGGGCCCGGGAAGCAGCGCAUGAUUCACAUGCAGGGGUGGAACAACGUGCAGGCGGUGAUGCAUGACAUAAAUCUCAACCGAGGAGCAAACGCUGCUACACAGGUUUUGCUGUCGGGGUGUUCAGCGGGUGGGCAGGCGGUGAUAAUGCUGUGCGAUCGCAUGGCGGCUGCCUUCCCUGCUGCUGCCACCAAGUGCCUCUCGGACUCUGCCUUCAUUACUGAUGCCAAGGACAGAUUGGGAAAUCGGCAUGCGCGGAAGUAUGUGAAAGCAGUUGCAACGACACACAACAUCAACAUCCCUAACUGCUACACAGGUGGGAGGGUACAGCGCAGUUGGAUGUGCUUCUUCCCUCAAUACGCCCUCAAAACCGUUUCCACGCCCAUCUUCCUCUACCAGUCGCUUUUCGACAAGAUUCUGAUCGCUUACGAUGGGAAGGGUUAA